AUAUUAGCACCUGUACUUCGCUCCUCAAAGGUUCGGAGAUUCCUACCAUUCUAUGGCUGCAUGUGGUUUUGGAGCUUCAACUGUUAAAGUUUCAAAUUUGGGAUUUGUAAAUACCAAAUUGGGUACACUGCAACAAUUGCAUGGUCUAAGAACUCGAGUGCCAAUACGAUAUAGGGGAUUGGUGAUUUCGCGGAAGUUGAAGAAGGCAUUAAUUGGAUGCCAUUCUUUGUCUUCCAAAGCCGAAGAUGCUACAAAUUUAGAAAAUGAUUCUGAAGAAGCAAAAUCAUCUGAUAUGAUAAGCCAACUCAUUCCAAACUCGUUUGAGGUUGAAUCUCUUCUCACAGAAAUAUGUGAUACGUCAAUUGCGGAGUUUGAGUUGAAAUUUGGUGGAUUUCGGUUGUACGUGACAAGGGACUUGACUGUGAAAAAUAUACCUCCACCACCUCCAGUUUCUGCUCCCGACAACGUGAAUACAACCUCUCAACCUGACUUGAAUGGGUCAGUUUCUACACAUUCUUUAGCCAUCACCAAACGGGUUUCUUCUUUUGGUGGCAUUCAAACAUUUCUUGAUAAAGCUGCUGAUGACAGCCUGGCAAUACUUCAGUCUCCAAAGGUUGGAUAUUUUAGGAGAUCUCGAACCAUAAAGGGGAAGCGCGCCCCGCAAUCAUGCAAAGAGAAACAAAUGGUAAAGGAGGGACAAGUGCUUUGCUACAUCGAACAGCUUGGUGGCGAAAUCCCAGUUGAGUCCGACAUAUCUGGAGAGGUUAUCAAGAUACUACGAGAAGAUGGUGAUCCUGUUGGAUAUGGUGAUGCUCUUAUUGCAAUCCUUCCUUCAUUUCCUGGGAUAAAGAAGCUUCAGUAGAUGGUUUUGUCUAAUUUAUGUUCUUUACAGCCUAAAUUUUGUUCUCUUUGAGCAAAUGUUCAUAUCAGACUCUGAAUGAACUGGACAGCAUUAUGUAUAUUAUGCAUUCUACUUUCUGUUUUGAAGCUUGGGACCAAAAUCUUUAUUUUUUCAAGUAUUUGCUCGAAGGGACAA